AACCCAUAAACAAAUUAGUGCGAGUCGUGAGUCGUGACCGUUCGGAUACACGGGUUUGGUAUUAUUGGAUACAGGCUGCCAGGCAAGCAAAGUGAAAACUCACUCUUCAUGUAGAAGAAGAUUUCUCAAUGUUCAUAUUUCAUUUCUGGAUUGCAUCUAUGUAUUUGUGAUCCAACAGAAUGGCAGAAUCUAGUGUGAAAAAAAUUGGUAGUAUCAAGGAAGAUAGAAUCAGCGAGCUGCCUCAGAACGUACGAGAAACUAUUCUAUGUUUUAUGCCAAUAAGGGAUGCAGUGAGAACUAGCAUUUUGUCGAAGAAAUGGAGGCAUUGUUGGACUAUGAUGCCACACCUAAUCUUUGACGAUAAAUUCGUUGAUGGAAUGUUUGAGAAAUUAGGUGUGAAUGAUGAUGAUAAACUGGUGGCAUAUGAAUUUUUUAGUAGGAUGAUGGCCUAUGAAUUUGUUAGUAGGAUAAAUAAAAUUAUUCUACUCCACAAGGGUCCAAUCCUUAAAUUUUCACUCAACAUACCUCAAUAUGGUGAUCCUCAAAUAGUUCAUGAUUUUAUCGAUCAGUGGAUUCAGUUAUUAUCAGUCAAAGGUACCAAGGAAGUUAUUCUGGACGACUAUGAGCUUCGAAACGUUACGGCACACCAUUUUUCCUCUUUAGAUCUUACCCAUUUGAGGCUUUCAGCUGUGCAGUUUCCCUAUAAACCUACAUUUGGAAGAUUUACUCAUCUGAAGAUUCUUGAGCUAGUUGAGCCCCAUCGUCCUACGCCAUAUGAUGCAAAUUGUUUCAAACAAAACAUCUUUGAUUGCCCCGUGCUCGAGAAAUUGAGCUUGAUACUUUGUGAUGGACUGUUCCAUACCAACUUCCGUGCUCCUAAUCUCAAUUGCCUGCAUCAAGUAAAUGGGGAAGCAUAUUCCGAAAUUCCUUACGCUGGGUUAGAGAACCUUACGGAAUAUUCAUUCAUUUUGUCGCGGCUAGGCACGCUAAAGGAGUCAAAAACAUCGAAUGUGGUCAAGCAUCUCGGUAGUUUACACAAAAUUGAGAAGUUCUCUAUAGCAAGGGAUUUUCUGAAGUACUUGGCUAAAGGCGGUUGUCCUAACAGACUUUCUAAACCACUUCUGUACCUAAAGACUCUAAACAUCGGUGAUAUACAUUUCACCCACUUGUCUGAGGUUUCUUGUUUGCUUUAUAUGAUUCGGAGUGCUCCCAACUUGUGCGAAUUAUAUAUCUCGGCUACGGGUUGUGAGUUUGAUGAGGAUUGUGACAAUGAGGAUUGUUAUCGUGAAAAAGAUCUCGAAAAUUAUCGGAUAGAAGAUUCUGAAGAUUGUACUACUACACGUCAUCUUCAGAUUGUCUCGUUCAGUUAUUUCACAGGUCUUAAAGCUGAAUUGGAGCUAGUCAAGUUUGUACUUGCUCACUCUCCAUUGCUCAAAACAAUGUUCAUUCACCGUGAUAUAAGCAUAGAAAGUGGUGUUGCAUUAAAAAUGACAGAAGAGAUAUUGCAAUAUCCUAGAGCUUCAACAAUAGCACAAAUCAAACACUUAAAACGCAGUGUUGAGAUCGAUGCUUUUGAUUGUGAACUUUGGUCUAGGUAUGAAGAUAUUUAGCCUUGUUGCAGACUUGCAGCCAAGCUUCUGGUUCCUGCUUCUUUGCCACUGUGGAGUAACACAAAGAAGAUAAAAAACAGCCGUGUAUUAGAACAUUUGCAACAAAUGUAUCUGUGUAAGUUGGCAACUUUCAAUGUUUUAUAUCUGCUACAGUCAUGACCAUGUGCUUUUGUGUUUCUAUCUUCAUUACCACCUGGAUCAUGUAUGUGGACUGCAUUUCUUGUAUCCUAAGAUUUGCUUAAUUUACCUUUAUUAUCUUAA